AUGACUCAUAACCACCAGGAGUCCAACAAAUACCGGCACGCGCUCACACCCAUGUACGCUCCUAUUGGUGGAGACGAAGUGACCAGCUCUCCACGUCCUCCAGUGUGUUCAAACGUCAUUCAGAAGUUGCCACGAAUACACAGCAGCGGCAUGAUGUGGAAGUUAGUGAGCUGCACACUGUGCUUCUUUGUCUCCUUACAGCUCAGUUUAUGGUGCGUUUGGGCCACAGCAAAUGAGCUGGACAGCGAGGUCAAGAUCGAGGUUUUGUUCAAACCCGAGGAGUGCACUCAAAAGAGUAAAAAAGGAGAUCUGAUAAACCUUCACUACGAUGGGUUCCUCGCCAAAGAUGGUUCCCAGUUCUACUGCAGUCGAUCAGACAAAGCCGGGCAUCCUCAAUGGUUUGUGCUGGGUGUCGGACAAGUCAUCAAGGGCCUGGAUAUUGGAAUAAUGGAAAUGUGUCCUGGAGAGAAACGAAAAAUAACUGUUCCACCUGCCCUGGCAUUUGGAGAAAAAGGCAAAGAUCCAGUGCCGCCCAAUGCUACGGUGGUCUUUGAGGUGGAGGUCUACUCAGUGUCCAGGGGACCACGCAGUAUGGAAGCUUUCAGACAAAUGGACAUCGAUAAAGACCAAAGUCUCACAAAGGCUGAGGUGAAGGAAUAUUUGAAACUGGACUAUGAAAAAGGAGGGAAGCCACGUGAUGAGCCUUUCUAUGAGAAGAUCAUAACUGAUAUAUUCCACAAGAGUGACCGGGACAGAGACGGACUUAUCAGUGCAAGGGAGUAUAAUAUUUAUGAACACGAUGAGCUCUAGUGUCAGAAAUAGUUGAUCCUGGUCUUUUUUUACUUUACAUACUUUGAUCAGUUAGAGAGAAAACAUGAAUAGGUUAAGGAAAAAUCCAUCCUCAGAUGCUCUUACACUGUCAGAUGUCUGUUUAUGAUUUUCAGUCAGAUUUUUUUAUGUUUUUAUUUUUUAGUCUUUACUUCAACAGGCCUCAUUUCCUGUAUCCUAACCCUGCAUGCUUCUGUCAUAGACGAAGAACAUGAGGUCAGGAGGGGUCAAAACAUUUAGGCUAAUGCUCAGACUUAUACUACAUACAGUAGAGAAGGUACAUAGAGUAGAGCAUUUGCAAAGAUUUGCAAAUUUGACUUUUUGAGUGACUGGCAUUUUCUUUAGAAAUCCUUGUGCUGUGAAAAUACUGUAGCUCUGAAUAUCACAAUCACCUUGUCCAUGUUAGACCAGUUAUUCAUGAUAAUGAUGAGAACAUUUUCACAGGCUUCUCAUUGAUCUACUGCAGCUGAGAUUGUAUUUCAUCAGUAUGUUGCUUUGGAUUGAAUGAAUAAAACAUCAAACACCUAAAUGGGAUCCAAAAUACUGGGGAAUCGCCCUUAGCUGUUUUUUUUAAAAACGUCUUGAAGAGUUUCAGGGUGGAUUUUUCUUUUAAAAAGCAGACAGAAUAUAACUGUGUCCCCAACACAGCUUUCCAAACCAGCAGACUAGACAAGUAUUAAACUAUGCGAGUAAGAACAUCUGCAUCACCUGUGAAAACCUUUACUUUUCUGCAAACACCACUUCAUUUUAAUAUUUGAAAUGUUUUAUUCUUAUCUUUUGGUUAACUCUCAAUUUGCAGCACAAAGAACAAACCAAAAAGAUUUCACAAUGAUGUGGAAUCAGUGGCUUUAAGACUAGAACACGACCGCCACAGUAAGAACUGAGACCAUGAACAAACAUCUCCAACUUAGCCACCUUCCUCUGAAUGUUCUGCCCUCUAAUCUGCAGUAUUGCACUAGUGCACGGAGGUGACUACAUUACUUUUUAAUUUUUCAAAUUGAAUGUCCAAUAUAAACAAACAGAGAUUAAAUGUGGCUGUGGUUUGAAUAUAAUUGAUGAUAAAAAUGCACAUGCGUAUGUGUUGUGGUCUGUCAGAAAUGUUUACAAGUUUUGUGUACAUCUUUUCAUCAUGAUUAACAUUGUAUUCAGGUGAAACAUUGUUGUAUUUAGUAACACAAUAAAUAAACCAUGUUAUAGUGGAAAACUA